CGGAGGCCAUCGCUGAGUGGAGGCACUGCCUGCUCGAUCCCCAAGGCUCAACAAAGGGCAGCAGUGCUGCCCGGUCUGUUUUGAUCAAGUGCGUCGCAGUUCGUGUGGUGUGACUGACGAUGACGUAUUAUCACGAAGGCUGGUGGUCUUAUGUGGUCGGCGUCGUCGGGCUGGUGGCGUGCUGGCUUCUUCUUAUGCACAUCAACGGCAUUGAGAGAUGUGUGCUCCACUUGGAAUGUAAGCGGACGGAGAUUCAUCAGCCACUCACUCACCUCUACACAUACAUACUGUGUGUAUGUUGUGUACGUGAGACACUCACAUACAUACUGAUUGCUUUGCUUUGCUUCUCUGCCUGUGCUCUGUGUGUACACGUGUGGUGUGACUCAGGCGAGGAGUUUGUGUGGGAGAGGGUGUCGAUGAGCAGCUUCGUCCUCACGAUUGUCUGGUAUCUGGCAAUGCUCCCCUUCUUCGUCCACUCGUUCAUCGGACUGCUCAUCCCGCCGCAAGACGUCCUCGAGCGAAUCACACAGACAAGCAGCGGCAGCAGGAGAAGCAGGCGGGCCACGAGUGAAGCAGCGCCGUCAGUCAGCGUCAAGCAGACUUCCCUCGAGGCCUGCCGCCCGUUCCCCUCGUCGAUUGACGACAUUGCUUCGCGUGAGGCGUUGACUCCUUCAUUCACGACCCCCACGACGAGCACAGGGAGUACCAACAGCAGCGGCAACGAGCAGGACAACGACCACGACCACGAAACGGGCAGCGGCCGCGGCAGCCUCUGUCUUUCAUCCUCAUCCAAUGCGUCGUCACCGCCCUCUCCAUCGUGCAGCGCCAGCAGGGACAACGACACCACUUCCUUCCUGUCGUCAUCCAGCUCCGCGUCGCUCAACUCGUCCACUUGGUCACCCGACCCGCUGCGAGCGCACUUCUCGCUCAAUCGAGAAGCAGGAGGGAGCAAGAAAGCGGCGGCCAAGAUGACGCAUCGACGGCCACUCCACCAGCAGCGGGGCGAGGCGAGGCCGCAGAUAAGGAUGUCGACGCUCCAGCGAAUGGCAUCCAUUGCUCACGGCGUGGCGCUCUGUGUCCAGUACGGUCUGAUGAGCUGCAUCCACCUGCCCCUGCUGUGUCUGUCGUGUCUGCUCGACUGCCUCGUGGCGCCCAUCAGCGUCAAGGACCACCCCCCCAGCACCCUCAAGUCGAUGCUGUCCAACGGCAUGCGGCUCAUCGACCCGGCACCUCUCAUCCCCUCCAUCACCGCGGCAUUCCUCCGCACGACAAAGGCGCCCAAGGACAAGGCUUCCCCUUCACACAGGAAGGCGCCCCUUACUGCUGCAGCGCGCCACGAACUGGAGGUCAACAGCGACGUAGAUAGCGACCAGGUCAAUGACGAGAGCGACGGGGCGUGGAUGCGUGCCCACCACGUCUGUGCAAGUGGUUUUGACGACGACACGAGCGGUGACGAGCCAGACAUGCAUGACGGGCGGGAGAGCGACCAGCACGGCAAGGUGAUCUUCCGCGUGGUGACGCGGGGCGACAAGCCCGCGCUGGUGGCGAGUGUGUGCGAGAGGAACAUCGCCGUGCUCGACGAGACGCUCCAGAACGAUGCCGGCGGCUUCUCGUGGCGGUUUGAAGUGGUCACCGACCGGCCCAUCGGCGUCAAGCAGCACUUCAUCGAUCGGGAGCAGCGCACCACGCCCGACGACCACAGAGGCCCCACUCCCUCAGCCGCCGUGUCUCUUGGCCACCACAACCAGCAGCAGUACAAGGCGAGAAGGGCAGCCAGGCGACUGCCCUCGAGCAGCAGGAUCGACGAAAUAGUCGUCCCUGACAGCUACGUGACCGCCAAGGGCACCAAAUUCAAGGCACGGGCCCUCAACUACGCCAACGAGAAGUGGGUGCACGCAGAGAGAGACGGCAAGAGCGGCAACAGCAAGGGGAGGCUGCCGUACGCUCUGAGAGACAACGACCUGAUCGUCCACCUGGACGAGGAGACCCUCCUCCACGCGUCGUCCGUCCGCGGCAUUGCGGACUUCCUGCAGGGCGCCUGGAACCGCAUUGGGAUGGGCACGGUGGUGUACGGCCACGGGCGUGUGGUCAACCCCCUGACCACCAUGAGCGACAGCAUCAGAGUGUGCGAGGACAUCUGCAAGAACAGAAUAUACUUCAACUUCUCCAAACCCAUCCUCGGCAUGAAGGGUACGUGCACAUCCGACACGCAUGCACCCAAGGACAGAAUAGCAUAGCAUAUCCGUGCGUUGUGUCUCUGUUGGCAGGCUCCUUCAUCGUCAUGCCUGUGUGGGUGGAGCGGCUUGUCGGCUGGGACUUGGGGCCGCAUGGAUCGAUCGCGGAAGACGCGGCAUUCGCCCUCAAGGCCAUCGACAUGGGCGGCAGACACGACACCCAAGAGAGCACAGCCAGGCAGACAAAGAAGGCCAACAGCCACCGCGCCUCGCGGCCUCACCCGCAGCAGUCCAUCAAAUUCGGCUUCGUCAAGGUGAGAAAGGAAACUGGGGCACAGUGGACGUCCGUUCACCGGCUCAUCUUGUUGUUCUGAUGUGUCGUGUAGGGUGUGAUGCACGAGCAGAGCCCUUUUGAUUUGCUCGACUACAUGAAGCAGAGGCGUCGGUGGUUCCUGGGACUGUGGCUGGUCGUCAGACACCCCGACAUCAGAUGGAGGACCAAACUACGUAAGAUGCCUCCUCCCUUGCCACGUCGGCACAUCGCACCGGGCGGCUCAUACCUGUGUGUGUGUGUGUAUGUGUGUGUGUGUGUGUGUGUGUGUGCAGCUUUAUUGUACAUGCAGUGCGUGUGGGCGUUGGUGCCUUUAUGGACGUUGCUGGGCCUGGUGCCGUCCGUCAUCCCCCCCGUACCCCGCACAUUCAUCCUGGCACUGUUCCAGACACUCACCAGCGUAAGCACUCAGAGAGCACACACAUAUUGACUGACAUCAAACACACGCCGGUUGCUUGGCUCUUCAGGGCACCUGGUACUGGUGUUUCGUGUACGGGUCCGUGCUCAACUUCACAUGGGGGCGGUCACCAGGUGCCACAGGUGGCGUGCGGCGCUGGCUGGACUGGCUCGUCAACUACGUGGCGCCAAUCGUCGGCACGGCCGUACUCAUCCCCCUCUUCGGCAUAUUUGAAAGCGCAUGUGAGCUGACAAACAGACACACACACUCGGCAUUCGUAUUGCAUAAGACACUUGUGGUGUUUCCUGCUCCUGCGUGUGUGUGUGUGUUCAGCGAUCAUCUACUCGUACGUGAAUCCGCGCAAGGGAUUGGGUUUCGAUGUCGUCAAGAAGGAUCUCAAAGAGACCAACAGCAAGGCGGAGACGCACACACCAGACCCAACAGUGCUCACGCCCAUCCCACAGAAACAAGACGAUGCGCAUCCUGCACCCCCCCACCUGGCCCCCGGCAAGAGCGCGAGAAGCACCGCCCGGGCCUCGCAAUGUGAAGACACAUGCUCGCCCGCCCCUACCGAUGGAGCUCCUUCACGGUCACCCGUCAAGAAAUCUGACGAGAGACCGAGACCAGAGGGGGCGGAGGGGAGGCUGCCAGCGGGCGGUGUGGUGUGGGGGCAGAGGUGUGGUGCGGGAGGGGAGAGGGGGAGGGGGCCUUCAUGAGAUGUCGUGUCUGUCGUGAGGCGAGGCUUUUGUUCAUGUGUGUGUCUGUGCGUGUAUGGCGUGCCUCUGUGGCUUGUAUAUGUGGGUGCAUUUCUGUGAUUGGUCGUUGGGUGGGCGGGUGUAGGUGUGGUGUAGACACAUGUGGUGUGGCCCUGAGAGCGGGUCAGUGCUGCUGGCACUUAAUUUCUAUCUUGAAGGCGAAUGACAUGACGGACGCGGCCUCGUCUGUCCGCUUCUCACUUACAUAGUUGCCUAUGCUACACACACACACACACACAUGGAUGGAUGGAUGGAUGGUGUGAGGGAUGCGCGGCGCCUUUGCUGGACUGGUCUCUCUCUCUCUCUCUCUCGGUCGUUUUUAUUUUUUCAUCGCUCUGCCCAGCGGCCUGCCUGCUACAGUUUUAGCCUCCCCCUCUUUUCCCUCGCCAUACACACACGCGCUGCUCACCGAUACACCCACCGUGCUUGCUGUCUCUUCUUACUGACUGACUACUCACGGAUGGGUGGAUGGAUGGAUGGACGGGUCAAUUUUGGUCAUGAAGCCAGCCGAGCUGGCCCGGCAGCGCGGCACAAGGAGAGAGGCGGGUUUCGAUUGCUGCCCGUCCGCCGUCCAUCCGCCCCGCGGCAUCUGGUUCUCUUUGUGUGAAGUGUCCCCAACCCUCCGUCCGUCCCCUUUUCUUGUCCUACCUACCACUGCCUGACUUCCCUACUCACUCACCCUCCCUCUCUCUGUCUCUCUCGUCGUUUGGCUGCAUUGUCUGCUGGAUGAGUAGAUGAUCAACGAAUCCUCCCGAGCGAGACGCGUGCGGGACCAAUGAAACUGCCUGAUCUGACCUACUGACAUGACAGAAGGACGGGCGGCGGGCGGGCGGGAAUGAGUGGAUCGGAUCAUGCCUGCCGAUAACCAAGUGAUGCGACUGAUGUGCUGCAGUUGCUGCGUGUAAGUGCUUUCUUGCUGCUGCUGCUGCUGCUGCUGAAUUAUUGGCGGCAAGGAUGUGUGGAUGUGCGUGUGUGUCUGUGUGGGUGUGAGUGCUCUUCGUGUGGCGGCGUGGAUGGAUGGAUGGAUGCGUGGAGGAGGGGGCGCAUGGCAUGGCAGGGCAGGGCAGGGCAGGCAGGAUGGACACUGCUCUCUCUUGUUUUGUUUAGGCGUGUUUUAUUCAGGUAGGUGUGUUCGUCCGUCCGUUUGUCCGUUUGUCUUUAUUCAUUCAAUCAUUGCGAGUCUGUCGGUCUUUCUGGUCGGUGUGGUGGGUGGGGUGGGUGUGUGAAGUCAAAGUGGUCCCUUCCUGUGCUCUGCAAAGAGGUUUUGUGUGGAAGGAAGGGCUCUUUAUCCAAAUCACCAUACAUGUGUGAGCACUGCACGGAUGGACUGUGUGGUCUCUGGGGCUGCCUCCGUUGUCGACCUCCAUGCCCACCCCUUGGUCGGGAGGGCGGGUAGAGAGGUCGCCGGCGGCAGUCAGCUGACCACACACGCCUGCCGUGCCUUUCUUCUCCAAAGUGGCCUGUCUGUCAGGUCUGUCUGUCUGUCGCUCUAGAUCUACGAGUGAGUCGUGGCGAUCGAUGCUGUGAGUGAGACUGUGAGGGUGCCAUUUGUAGACUAGUGCUGGGCACACAAAGGGCACGCCAUCCACCUACCUACCUGUCCAUCUCAUCUGCUCAUGGACGCGCACCUCCCCUUGCACCUUCCCACCCACAUCGAUCGACUGGCCGAUAGAUUUUGUCUCAGCAUCGAGUGGAGUGUGCCUGGAGUGUGUCCAUACGCUGCUGGGCUGGGCUGGACGGCUGGGUGGAGUGUAUUUCUCCUUUUUCAUCUCUUGUUUGUCGUCGAUGCAUCCAUCUCCUUCUAUCCCUCUCUCUCGAGCUGAUCCCUGCCCGCCUGUGUGCCUGCCUGCCCGCCUGCCUGCCUGCCUGUGUGUGUAUGUGUGUUUGUGAGAACUUGACUCGAUGCCGUAGGGUCAAUCAAUCAACAAACAUGUGGCCUCCGUCCCCUCAAGAGCUGAAUGACCAUCUGUCAGGAUGUCCGUCUGUCCAUCACAGCUCCCUCUAGCUCUCCAUUGCACCGCACCGCACCGCACUGCAAGGCGAUAGUCACACGGCAAAAACCUGCAGGCAGGCAGGCAGCCCGUCCAAUCCUCUCCCCUCUCCAUGCGCACACUCACAGAUGCACACACGGCGUUCUCUACCUUGUCCACCUCUCGCACACAGGCAGCGAGACACACAGACGGACAGACGGACAAACAAACAAACAUACGCCCACAAUCAUAUCACGUUUGAGGUCACAGUUGGGACCUCUUCUGUCGCGCCUCACUGCAUCCACCCCUCCAUCCCUCGGCCGGCCGCCAUGCCCCACGAGUCACUCACAUUACAACACUACAAUACACUCUCCCAUUCAUAUCAUCCUCC